AUGUUUUCAUUCGGCCUCAAAAGAAAAAAAAAGGAGGAGGAGCAAUCCGUCGAGGAAAAAGCAGAUGAGGGGAACGAAAGCCCUGCAGGUGAUAAGAAUGACAACAAGCAACUGAGCGACGAGGAUAAAGCCAAGGAGGAAGCGGACAAUGAGGAAAAGCAGGUAGAUAGUAGAGGCACAAAUAGAAGGACAAGGAAAGCACCUGUUAGGAAAAAAAAGAAGGCACAGAAGGAAGAGGAGGAAAUUGAAGAAGAAAAAGCAGAGAAGGAAGAGGAAGAUAAGAAAGGCAAAAAGGGUAAGAAACAGCCGCAGCCUAGGAAAGGUGCCGCGAGGAAGGGCAAAAAGGCUGCCGCAGAUGAAAAGGAAGAAAACGACAAUAAGGACGAGGCAAAUGCAGCGAACGACGAAGCAGACAAGGAGAAUGAAGACCAGGAACGAAAGAAAGAAUUAAAGGUUGAAGAAGAAUUAAAGGAUAAGGACGCCAAAGCAAGCGCCUUAACACUGGAAAUUUUGGGAGAUAUCCCAGAUGCUGAUAUGAAGCCCCCAGAAAAUGUUCUAUUCGUUUGUAAGCUCAAUCCUGUAACGGAAGAAGAUGAUUUAAAAACCAUUUUCGCGAGAUUCGGACCCAUCAUAUCGUGUAACAUUGUAAAGGAUAAAGUAACAAACAACUCACUCCAGUACGCUUUUAUUGAAUUUGAAAAGAAGGAAGACUGCCUAAAUGCCUACUUCGAAAUGGACAACGUCAUUAUUGACGACAGAAGAAUACACGUAGACUUCUGCCAGUCUUUAGCAAAAUAUAAAGGAGAAAUAAAAAACUGGAAAAUCGAAAAUAAGGUUGUCCUGGAAAAUAUUAAAAAAAGGAAAUUGGACCAAGAGGAUACCAAAAGGAAGAGGAGGGGCAAAGUAACUUCCGAUGGAGAACCGAACGAUGAAGAAGAAGAAAACAUUCGGGUCUUCAAAUACGAAAGUGAUAACAACACAAAGGAAGAACAUGAAAAUAAUUCCAAUAAGGAAGCAAAAAAAUAUGAACAAAAGGAUAGCCCAAACGAAAAUGCUCCGGAGGGCGGCAAGUACGACCAGAGUAAUGAAAAAAGAUAUAACAACUCUAAGUACUACAAAGACAAUUAUAAUAAUUAUUCCAAUCAGUACCCCUACAGAAGGUAUCCGUACAAAUACAGAUAUAAUAAUAAUUACAAUGCCCCUUAUGGGAAGAACUUUUUCUAUCGAAAAAAUUAUAACAACAAUUACCAUGAUAAGUAUAACUACUAUGAUAAAGUCAGAAAAAAUAGCAUGUUCAACAAAAGGCAUUAUUCUCCAAAGGAUAGUGGUGGUCACCGAAAUGACGACUACUCCAGUCGGUACAGAAGACAACGUAGUCACUCUUCGGACAACUCGCAGAAAAAGAAACUAGAUAAGGAAGAUGCAAGAACAAGUGAAAAUAGAAAAUAUAGUAAUAAAUCGAUGGAAAAAUCUCCCAAAGGAGGAGAACAUGAUGAGUAUGACUACGAAAAGGAUGGUCAGGGGGAAAGAGGAUACUCAAAUGAUAACAAUGCAGAUGACGAUAAGUUAAAAAGUGGAAAAAAAAUGAAAGAUAGGGAUGCCUCUACAUCCAGACCUGGUGAAAAUGGCCAUUAUAACAAAUACAAUCACGAAAGGGGGGCUGGUGAUGAUGAACGGAAUUCCAAUUAUAAAAUGCAUAGAAAAACGAAUAGGUCACGUUCAAAUUCUGUUAGGAUGGAAAAUAAGGAAGACCACAACAAGGGGUACAUGAAACGUGAUGGAUAUAAUAACAAUGAUUAUUACUAUGAUAAAAAACGAAAAUACGGACAGUACGAUGGGCCACCCAGGGAUUACGAAAAAGGACGGGACGACGGCUACGCUUAUAAUAAUGACUAUUAUAAAGGCUCCUACAAUAAAAGGCAGAAAGGGUAUCCAGGAGACGAGCACAAUGACAGGUAUAAGAAUGCAUACCCAAAGUAUGUGGACAGGUAUGAAAAAAAUUUCUACCCAAAAUAUGAACGAAAGGAUUUUUACGACCAGGAUAAAAAGUAUUACGAUGCGGACAAAAAACCCAAUAAGUACAAAAAUGAUGAGUACCGAAAGUAUGACAGGAGCCCUGCUUACAAUUACAAGGCAGAAAAUAAAAAAUAUGGCGACAAAAACGAGGAUUAUUAUAACAAGGCAAAGUAUAACAGGUACAACUCUCACGAGCGGGAUGAUACUAAGAGGUAUAAUAAGGACAACAGAAAUUACGGCAGCGGCUACAAGGACGACAAGAGCUAUGGCAAGUAUAAGGAUAAAACAUACGACCGCGAGGGUGGCGAGGAUGCGCAGAGGGGCCCCAAAUAUUACAACAGGGAAGACAGAAAAUGGUACGACAGGCGCGAUGAUAGAAACUACUACAAAGACACCAAAUCGAGGCAAAAGGAUGGUUACAGACAUGAUGACCUCGACAAAGGAAAACGAGACCAAUCGUAUGAUAGAAAAAACAAAAGGGACGAUAGCAGAGAUCGCGCUAGUGACAAAAAAGGUUACAACUACAAAAGUAAAAGGGGAAAAUACGCGGACGGAGAAAAUGAUGAUGAUCAUUAUAACGCCUCUCCCAAUACAAAGCGAGACAGAACAAAUAAGGACAACAGAAAAGGAAGGUCAAGAUCGUACUCCGACGCAAGUCAUAACAGUUCUGCUAAAUAUGCGUCCAAGGGCAAAAAUCAAAAGGAAAAAUAUUCGUCACAUGAUAACAAAAAUGACAACAGGAAGAAAAGUUAUGACGAUGAUGAUUACGAACAAGAUAAUCGCUCGGUUAGCAACUCGAAAAAUUCUUAUUCAGACAACCGGGAAGAUAGAGACAGCUCCUACAACCCCAAAUCGGAAUCUGCUAAUUCGGCCUACUCAUGA